CUUUCGUUGCGCGUUUUACCAACUUGCAAAUUUUUGCAAUGAAUGUUGGUCAGUUAAUUUUGCUGCUGUUGCUUCAACUCUUCUUUGUCUUCGGGGAAAACGACAGUGCACCAAACUCAUCUACCCAUGUUGACGAGGAUACAAAGUUUGUAUUAGAUUUGGUGAGAGGUGGGGUCCCAGUAGGGAUCAUCCAACUUUUUCUUCCCUCCCACUCCAAAGGCGCCGCUGGACCUUGCUUGCGUGAGACUUCGGACGACGAUAUUACCGGAAUGUGUAAAUUUGUAAAAGCGUUUGCAAAAGACUAUGCCUCUAACACAACAAACGAUUGGAACUCAUGCAGCAAGGACGAUUAUGUUUGUAAUGCAAUUUAUCGAGCAGCAACUUCCAAUAACACACAAAAUUUUAGUUGUUUAUUAUGGCAACAGAAAUCGAUUCGAAAUAGAAUGAUUGAAAAAAUGAGUCUACAUGACAAAGUGGAAUUAACAGACAAACUGAAGACUAGUCGAAAUCAAGCGCUCUUUCUUGGAACGUUUAGUUCAAAGGACUGCAGUAAGAAAUGCUCAGAUGAGUGGCGACCUCUUUGCAGUGUGUCAGCCUUGCUUUUGGAUAUUUUGCCAAAGGUACCACCUAACUGUCCUAAAACAACUAAUGUGCCAUGUAACUGUUCUGAAACAAGUAAUACUGAGAUCCAAACUUGCCAAGUGUUUAAGAAUGGAACAGUCAGUUCACUGUCUGCGGGAUCCAUAGACAUCAAGUUGCCUGAGAAAUUGGUUACGAAGGAAGUAACUGUGAGUGUCUCACAGUUACUUGAUGGAGGUAAAGGGAAGACGGUUAGCAUGAUGAUAUCUAUUAUGGAAAAGAUGGUGAAUGUGUCUACUAGUACAGCAAAUGUAUCAAUGUCUGGAAGUGUAGUGGUGGUCAAGUUGCCUGACAACAAGAUGAGUGUGAAACUAGCUAAAAAGGGUGUACCAGUAAGUGUGAACGUCGCACUUGAUGGAGGUAAUGUGAGUAUGACUGCUAGCAGAAUGAAUGGAUCAGUGUCUAUCAUGGAAAAGACAGUGACCAUGUUAACCAGUAAAUCAGAUGUGUCAACGUCUGGUAAUGAAAUGUUUAUCUUCAAGGAUAAGACAAAGACAGUAUUGUCAGUUAAUAGACAGUGGGUAAGAAUGUACACAAAGGGAACAGACACAACUAUAUAUCAGAAUAGAAAUGAAGUGACAAUACAGAAGAAAGGAACGUUUGUUUCUGCAUCCAUCAACAGCUCAACCAUCAAAGUGUUUACCAAUAAAACAAAUGUGACGAUGUCCACCAAAGGGUUGAAUCUAAAGGUGCACACUGAUACAUUGCCAAUGGCAUUUUCUAUCAAUGAAGCAGACCUAACAAUAAACGAAGACUCCACAGAUGUGAACUGGACGUGUAACAUUUCACAACAAGCAAGUCAAAGAGAUGAGGCAACUACACAAAACAGCAAAGUUUCCUCAACACCAAAUCAAAGCAAAAAAGUAACUACACAAGAAAGCAAAGCUUCCCCAACAGCAACUCAAGGCAAAGAGGCAAAUAUACAAGAAAGCAAAGAUACCAUAAAACCAACUAAAGCUGUCAGCACCAUUUCCCUAGCUUCCUAUAUUAUUUACAUUGCAAUAGCCGGUGCCAUUUUGGUUAUUGUGGGCUACAUCGCGUAUCACAAUCGUGACUAUCUUUGUAAGCUCAUUGGCAACGGAGGACAACGAGGACGACCAAAGAGAAAGAACUACAAGCACCUGAAGUCGUUGAAAGACGCAUUCCCAUGACAAAUUUCAUGUACGUCAAUUAGUUCUCAUGCUGGCUAUAAGAAUGUAAUGAAAAUGUAGUUCGUAAUGAAAAUUUAGUUCGUAGUUCGUAUUCAUUUUGUAGGGUCAGUGACGGUUGAUUUCAGGUCUAUUGAGAGAUUGAGCGCUUGCAGUGUGAUUAUGCUUUGUCCAGUAAACGUGUUGAGUGUCUUCAAUCAAAGUAGUUAUAUACUCUGUUGUCACUGUGUCUUGUCAUAUGUAUAGCAUGUGAGGUUUGGAAAAAGGAUA